GCAGGGCAGAAAUAAGAGACGUAUACCAACUUAUACGUGCGUAAGCAGGACAGUAUAUGACGCAUUGAUUGGUCAGCUGUCAGCAAUUGAAUAGAACUCUCAGAAUAAAAUACAUAACAAUACAUAAUGUUAACGCGAUCGGUGUUAGGUCUGCUGUUAGCAGCUGUGCUGCUGUUAACGCUAGCAGCGGAAUCGCUCGGCCACAGAGAUUGGAUGCAGAACUGCAGCAAUUGCCAUUGCCAUUGGAACUCGGGCAAGAAGAGCGCCGACUGCAAGGGCAAGAAGCUGACAAAGAUUCCGCAGGACAUGAGCAACGAGAUGCAGGUGGUGGACUUCUCACAGAACCAAAUACCCGAGCUGCGACGCGAGGAAUUCCAGGUGGCAGGCCUACAGAAUUUGCAUAAGAUCUACUUGCGCAACUGCACGAUACAAGAGGUGAACCGCGAUGCGUUCAAGGGACUGCCCAUACUGAUCGAGCUGGACCUGUCGAGCAAUCACAUCAAGCACCUGCACCCGAGCACAUUCGAAGGGGUGGAGAAGCUGCGCAUCGUCAACAUCAACAACAACGAGAUCGAAGUUCUCGAAAGCGGCUUGUUUGUCAAUUUGCCCUUUCUGUCGCGCGUCGAGUUCAACAACAACCGCUUGAAGCAGGUGCAGCUGAAUGUGUUUGGGGGUCCGCUGACCUCCAUAUCGCUGGAACAGAAUCAGCUGACGCACUUGAACAAGGAAACGUUCGCCAACCUGCCCAAGUUGACGUACCUCUCGCUGCAGGGCAACGCAUGGAACUGCAGCUGCGAGCUGCAGGAGUUCCGGGACUUUGCCAUAGCCAGACGACUCUUCACACCGCCCACCGACUGCCGGGAGCCGCCUCAGUUGCGGGGCAAGCUGUGGAGCGAGGUGCCGUCGGAGAACUUUGCCUGCCGGCCCCGCAUACUCGGCUCAGUGCGCUCCUUCGUCGAGGCCAACCACGAUAACAUCACGCUGCCCUGCCGCAUCGUCGGCACCCCCCGACCCAACGUCACAUGGAUCUACAACAAGCGGCAACUGAACCCGAAUCCCAACGACCAGCACUUGCGCAUACUGAACUCGGUGGGCGAGCAGGUCAACGGAAAGCAGCCACCUGUCCAGGUGUUGACCUCAGAGCUGCGCAUCUACGGCGUAAGGAACUCGGACAAGGGCGCCUACAUAUGCGUCGCGGACAACCGAGGUGGCAAGGCGGAGGCCGAGUUCCAGCUGCUGGUCAAUGGCGACUAUCUGGGAGCAGCAGCUGCCUCCGACGGCCUGGCCGGCAUCAGUGGAGCCAUCGGCGCCUCAACCAGCGAUCCACAGACGAGCAUCAUCUUAGUGAUCUGUGUGAUAGCGACGACAUUUCUCGUGCUGCUCAUCUGCGCGGUGCUGAUUCUGUUCUGGUACUGUCGUCGGGUGAAGACCUACCAGAAGGACAACACAAUGAUGAGCGGCGAUGGCUUGAUCUCCUGCAAGCUGGACAAAACCCACAACAGCUCGAUGCUGGAAGGUUCUGUGAUCAUGGAGAUGCAGAAGAGUCUGCUCAACGAGGUGAACCCGGUUGAGAAGCCACCGCGACGCACUGAUAUCGAGAGUGUCGAUGGUGGAGACGACGGACACGAGAUCAAGAAGACCCUGCUCGAUGAAACGGCAUACGCCAAUCACACACGCGAUGACGAAACGCACUCGGUGGCGCUGUCAGACACGACGACCACGCCCCGUUCGCGACACGCCUACGUGGACGAUGCGUACGGUAAUAGCUUGCCACCGGACCUGCUGGCCUUUCCGGCCCGUGUGCCACCCACCUCGCCCUCGAUGCAGUCCUCGCAGUCGAACAUACCCGAUCAGGUGAUCUACGGCAUACGCUCCCCACCGCCACCGCUGACCAGUCCCGUCUACGCGCACAUGACGCCCCACGGCAUCUACGGCACCACCACCACCACGAUGGCGGCCCACAACGGCUUCAUGACUCUGCAGCACCCCAAGUCUCGCAAUCUCGCACUCAUCGCCACCGCCAACAGCCGCCACCAACAGCAGCAGCAGCAACACCUGGCCGCGGCACUGCACCAUCAGCCCUCCGGCGCCUCCUCCGCCUCGCCCUUCUUGCCAGCGCCCGUUGUCUACUCGCCGGCCUCCAGUGCCGUCGUGAUGAAGCAGGGCUACAUGACCAUUCCACGCAAGCCGCGCGUGCCCAGCUGGGCGCCGAGCACAUCCAAUGCGGCUGCCGCAGCGGCUGCUGCUGCCGCUGCCGCCGCUCAGCACCAGCUCGGCGAGUUCCAGUCGCCCACUUCGCCGAAUCCCAGCGAAACGGGCACGGCGACCACUGUGGAGCUGCAGGCGGAACCGGUCUACGAUAAUCUGGGACUGCGCACAACGGCGGGCGGCAAUUCGACCUUGAAUUUGCACAAGGCACAGGGUGGCAGCGGGUCACAGGGUGCUCAGCAGCAGCAGCAACAGCAACAGUAUACAAUGCGCGAUCGGCCAUUGCCAGCCACGCCCAGCUUGACAUCGGUGGCCUCGGCCACAGCCAGCAAGAUUUACGAGCCCAUACACGAGCUAAUACAACAGCAAGCACAGCAGCAGCAAGCACAACAACAACAGCAACAACAGCAGCAGCAGCAGCAACAGCAACAACACUUAUACAAUUCGGAUACGGAACCGUUAUAUGGCGGACGGCAUUACGGUAUUACGAUAUUGCCCGGCUCGAGCAUUAGCGGCGCUGGCUUGAACUCGCCUGGUGCUGCUGCGGCAGCUGCGCCAAUGGCUAUGGGAGCGGCGGGGGCGCCUGGGGGCGAUUCGCCAAAAAUGGCAAAGAUACCGCCCAGACCGCCGCCAAAGCCCAAGAAGAAAAUGUCCGUCACGGCGACGCGCAGCGGCCAGGGCAGCACAAGUCAGCUGUUCGAUGACGAGGGCGAAGACGGCACCGAGGUUUAAUUUGGCAUAAAUGAACACACAGACAGAUGCCCCAACACCCUCCCCCACCCCUUUUAACACUCUCUCUCACUCUCUACCCCUGCCCCUCAACUAGAAAGCGAUUCAUUUGAAAUUGCCUUUAGCUCCAGCAAAUUGUAAAGAUGAUCUUAAAAUGGCCGAGAGAGAGAAUUAAACAAAAUGGCCGACAGCAGAGCUUCACUCUUAACAGCGACAGCUGCUCAUUCUGCACUGCUAAGACAGCAUAACUCCACUCUUAACAGCGAUAGCUGCUCAAUCUGCACUGCUAAGACAGCAGAGCUUUACUCUUAGCAGCGAGAGCACUGUUAGAGCCACAAUUGCAGCAGCAGCUGCGCAGCAGAAGAGCCAGACAGCAGCGGGUUGUCCUGCUCUGCCUGCUUGCUUAUUACACACACACUCUCUCCUUCUCUGAUCCACAGCGUGUGGAUCUGUCUAUCGCACGUGCCGCUAAGCGCGUGCCUUGUGUGCCAAACCGACUGAUGUAGAAUUUAGUAAUUAAAGCGAGAAACGAUACGAAACACAAAACACAUACAAACGCAACAGCAAAUCAAAGAAGACGAACAUGUACAGCGCCAGCAGCAGAAGCAGCGACGCCAGCAGCAGCACCGGCGCCAGCAGCAAUAG